UACGCUUUUACAACAUGGCUCUUGCUCUGCGUCAACAAGGUGUUGUUUCUCAGCGGGCUUCGCAGGCGCACCGGGUGCGCCCUGCCCUGCCGCUCGCACGCCCGCGGACCGCAGUUGUCGUGCGGGCCGAGAGCAAUGGACGCAGCAGCGACAGCUUCGUUGCAGGUGUCGUCGUCGGAGGCGUAGUAUUUGGCGCUUUGGGCUUCCUGUUCGCUCCCCAGAUCUCCAAAGCGCUCCUUGGCGACGACCAGCGGCUAAAGCUGCCACGCUUCCUGGAGGACGAGCAGCCUAAGGACCCGGAGCAGACGAAGGAGGACCUGCUGGACAAGAUUGCUCAGCUGAAUGCCUCGAUUGACGAGGUGGCAGCUCAGCUCAAGUCCAAGGAGGGGGAGCCACUCAAGAUGGAGGGGAGUGCUUAAGUUUGCGUCCAGGGCGCUAAGGUGGAGGCUGGGGACGUAGUGGGGGCUAAGGGGUUUUUGUUGGUGUGCCCCUUAAGCAUGGCGGCAAUCUAACUGCAGUCCACCUUUACUAUACUCCCUUGCACCUCGUCUUGGGCGGGUGAGAUGGACGUCGACUGGGAGGUGGGCAAUGCUUGUGUACGAUAGGGGGAGCUGCAGGUUGUGAUGCUGGCAAGGACGCAUAGCCGGGGCUGUAUUUACGGAGUAAUACACAGAUGCAAAGCUGCUGAGGCACCCUCAAGGGGUUGGCGGAGCGGUAGGACCUGUUGAUGGGCCCUUCGGGUCGGUGUUACGGACCGGACCAACAGGACUGUUGCAAACCGCGUUCGUUAGGUAGCCGGAAGCACCGGAGGCACUCUGCGUGCUUGUUAUGUCGGUUGCUGUUAAUACGGGGUGUAUCUUACCGGCAGCUUUCAGUGCUUGGUCACAAACGGUGACAUUUGGCGUCAUCGACAAUGGUGGCAAAUGUUGUGAAGUAUAUCCCAUCGAAGCAUUACCAUCAAUGUCUUAUAAAGGUGUAAAAGUGUUAAGACAAC